AAGAUUCGCCAAUGGUUCGCGUACUUUGACGUCAUGCGAUUGUCAUUUGGAAUUUUGGACGGAAAGCAAUAUAUAACCAGACGUCAGCCAUUGUGGCAAUUCUUCUUGACAAAAGAUUCCAGUGAAUCCUCUUGAACCAUUCCGAGAUCAACUCAAAAUGGCACCCGCAGAAGUCUUUUUCAUUACCGGCACGUCCACCGGCUUCGGAUACGAACUCGUGCAACAAUGUCUUGAGAAGGGCGACAAGGUGGUGGCAACCGCUCGCAACUCCUCCAAGCUGAAGUUCGACGGAGCUACCAAAGACAACCUCCUCACUGUCGACUGUGAUGUGACGAAUGAGGACUCCAUCCACAAGGCCUUCGACGCCGGCCUCAAGCAGUUUGGCCGCAUCGACGUGGUCGUCAACAACGCCGGUUACGGCCUGAGCGGUGAAUUCGAAUCCCUCUCCGACAGGCAGAUUCGCAAGCAGAUGGAGGUCAACUACUUUGGUCUUUUGAACGUCACGCGCCGAGCGCUGCAGGUGCUGCGCGAGGAGAACAAGCCGCCGGGCGGCAAGAUCCAGCAGGUCACUUCUAUCGGUGGUCAGAAGGGCGUUCCGACUUUCAGCAUCUACUGCUCUUCCAAGUGGGCGGUUGAGGGGUUCACAGAAUCCUUGAAUCAAGAGUUGAAGCCGGAGUGGAAUAUCAAGUUGACUUGUGUUGAACCCGGUGGGUUCCGCACUGAUUGGGCGGGCCGGAGUAUGGAGUUUGGAGAGGAGAAGAACAAAGCAUACGACCACAUCGACGCCAAGGAGAGGAUGGGCAAAGUCAACGGAACACAGGCUGGCGACCCGCCCAAGGCCGCCAGAGCGAUGUGGGAGUUGGCGAAGAUGAAGGACCCUCCGUUGCGGGUGGUGCUUGGCACGGAUGCGUACAAGGCCAUUACGCAGAAGAUCAAGGAUUACGGCGAGCUGUAUCCCAAGUAUGAGAAGUUGAGCAACAGCACGGAUGUGGAUGGUUACGAGGGGUAGAUAGAUGUGUUGAUAUGGAACUGGUACUGUAUUGAAUACCUGAUAUACUAUCAGUAGGCCCCUGGGUCGGCAAAAAGGACAGACCUGGCGCUUGCCUUCCCAAAU